AUGGCGGAGCAGCCUGAGUACGUGACCCUCGUGUCCUACGAUGGAUUCGAAUACAUCCUCCCGCGCAGCGCAGCGUGUAUCUCAGGCACCAUCCGGCGCAUGCUCGACCCUUCCAGCAAGUUCUCCGAGGCUCUGACGGGACGAUGCGUGCUCGAAAAUAUGACUGGAAUCGUUCUCGAGAAAGUGUGCGAAUACUUCCUGUACAAUGAGAAACAUAAAGACCAGACCAACGUUCGGGAUAUGGAGAUUCCGCCGGAACUGUGUCUGGAGUUGCUGAUGGCGGCGGACUAUCUAGAUACGUGA